GCAGCGGCGGCGAUGGAGCCGGUGCUGGGCCCGGAGUUCGAGGAUUCCCUGUUCGCGCCCAGCCGGGAGCGCCGGGAGGGCGGCGGGGACGGGGCUGCGUGCGGGGCCAGGCGCUGCGAGCCCGGCUGGUUCCACAGCGCGGCUGACGCGGGGGAAGGCGCCGGCGGGAUCACGAGCAGCAAGUUCCGGGCGGACUGGGCGUUCCGGCAGCGGGACUUCGAGAAAGCCCUGUGUGAGUACUCACACUGCCUGCUGCUCUUACCUGCCAGCAACGUUGCAAUGAGGCGCGACGUCCAGGAGGGCCAGGCUCGCUGCUUAUCUCGCCUGGGGAGGCACAAGGAGGCUCUGGAUAUUGCAGAAAAAAUGAGAAACAGCGCCACUAACACAGAUCACUUAACCACGGUUCUCAACCUGCAGCUUUCCAUUUACCAGCGGCUGGAAAACGUAGAAAAAAAGAUGAUGUGUGUGCAGCAGCUGAUCUGCUUACAUCCUUUCAAUCCCUGGUUCUGGAAGUUACUUGCUGAAGCUUAUAUGAGCCUUCUACAGAAUUUGUCUCCAUUGGUCAUUACAGAAGCAAGCCUAAAUCAGUCUGAAGAGGUUUGUGUAAGUAAUGGCUGUUUCCAGACCCUGACUGGCAGAGAGAUUGAUCUGCAGCCUCACAGAUCAGAGGGCCAGCAGGAAGGCCCUUGGCUCAGCCCUGCUGCAGAAACAAAGGGGGAGAAUGCAGUGACUUGUCCCAGCAGCCAAGUAGUGAAAGAAUUCCUCUGCACUUCAGGAGAAAUGGAAUGGACAGACAGGGAGAAAUGUGCAGGCUCCAAGGCCUGGAAGCAGAGCAUGUUAAAGAAAGUUGGGAUAAAAGCAUGUGCCUCGUUUAUCAGAGCAAGGCUUUUACUUCAGCUUACCCAGUCACAACAGCUGUCCUUUGUGCUAGAGAAUAACAGAAAAUGUCAGAAAGAAAUUGAUGACAAAGUGGCUCUCCUUGGUUUUGAUGAAAGCUCCUUGCUGUUGAUGACCAAAGCUAUGGGGCAGGAUCUUAUACCAGAAAAACUAAAAGAGGAGUUUCAGGGUGAGGUAAAAUGCAUAGGCCCUUCAGCAUUGUCAUCACUGGUAACUGCUUCAGUCAUGGAAUUUGAAAUCAAAUGGUUUAGUAAUCUCCAAGAUGAUUUAUGUCACUUAGAUGGACAAUUUUAUUCAGACAUGUAUCUCCCACCUUUGCUAACAUAGACAUUUUGUUGUAUUUAUUCUUGUAUCUCCAAAUUAUUAUGGCAUGAUACAUGCAAUAAAGUUCAUUUUACAAUUUUUAAGAA